GUGGCGUCAUCGCCGCGCGCCGCAGCGGCGGGAGGGAAGCGGCGGUGUGGCGGCCGCGACGCGGAGCAGAAUCCAGAGCCAUGCCGGGCCAGAAAUCCUUCCGCCGGCGCAGGGAGGACGAGGAGGAGGAGGAGGAGGACGAGCAGCUCGCCGAGGAGGUCAGAUUAAAACUUGAGGAAGCCAAAGAAGUUCAGAGCCUCAGAAAGCGGCCCAAUGGGGUGAGUGCUGUAGCUCUGCUGGUGGGAGAGAAGUUGCAAGAAGAAGCCACACUUGUGGAUGACCCAUUUAAGAUAAAAUCUGGGGGAAUGGUGGACAUGAAAAAGCUGAAAGAAAGAGGCAAGGACAGGAUUAAUGAAGAGGAAGAUCUGAACUUGGGAACUUCCUUCUCAGCAGAAACCAACAGGAGGGAUGAAGAUGCUGACAUGAUGAAAUACAUUGAGACUGAGCUGAAGAAGAGAAAGGGAAUUGUGGAGAACGAGGAGCAGAAGGUGAAGCUUAAGAAUGCUGAGGACUCCCUAUAUGAGCUGCCAGAGAACAUCCGUGUCUCCUCUGCCAAGAAGACUGAGGAGAUGUUGUCCAACCAGAUGCUGAGUGGCAUUCCUGAAGUGGACCUGGGAAUUGAUGCAAAAAUAAAAAACAUCAUCUCAACUGAAGAGGCCAAGGCCAAGCUGCUGGCAGAGCAGCAGAACAAAAAGAAAGACAGUGAAACUUCCUUUGUUCCCACCAACAUGGCUGUUAAUUAUGUCCAGCACAACAGAUUUUAUCAUGAGGAGCUGAAUGCACCAGUGCGAAGGAACAAGGAGGAGCCAAAGCCCCGUCCACUGAGAGUGGGGGACACGGAGAGGCCAGAGCCUGAGCGGUCUCCUCCAAAUCGCAAACGUCCCCUCAAUGAAAAAGCCACAGAUGAUUAUCACUAUGAGAAGUUCAAGAAGAUGAACAGGCGAUACUGAUGAAUAUGGACUGAAGCCUGUGGAGUUGUUCCUAUUUUCCGCCAAUAAAGGAUUUUGUGUCAGUGACCUGCGAUGGAUGUUGGGAGAGUCUCUACCUUCAGAUGCUGAUGUUACCUACGAAGCUUUUCCCGUGUGAUCUUGUAGUGAAUCAGUUUGCAGGUGAUUGUGAACUCUUUGGUUGGUGUAACUUUGUAUAUAAAUAUGUUCUUAUAAAUUAAGUUUUAUAAUGGAAAAUGAGCUUUCAUGGUUGGCAUUUUUUAGUGAGAAAACAAAUUGGCUUUUAUAGAUUUUUCUUUUCACCAUCUUAAUACUAAAAAAACAGAGAUCCUUUAAAAGCAGCAAUGUUGUUUGCUUUGUAAAUGUAAUGCUCUUGGGAGCUCGUCUUCUUGUCCACAUGUCUUCCCCAGAAGUGCAGUGUGGGUACUUAUAGUGAAGAUUUGUAACUUGAAACAGUAAAAGUGUUUUUUAAGUUA